AUGGUAUUGGAUGGGAACUCAACAACCAACAAUGGCAUCGAAAAGAACGCGGAUAUAAAGUGCGCAACUGCACUGCAACCGUUGCGCGACUGGAGCGCUCCCCUCCCACACACCUAUUUUUUCCCCCACUCCGCCCCAUCAGCAUUCCGCCCUGCUACAUUUCAGCGCGGCAAGAGCGAGGGGAACGGGGAACGCCCUAGCGGGGGAGGGCUGGCGGAAAAAUGGCGCCGCAAUGCAGAGUGGUGGGGUGGAGUGACGUGGCUGGGUCAGUACCGCGUUGGCGGGAAGCGCACCGAGUGGCUGGGUGACGGUGGCAGGGUGGUUUGCCAGUGGCGGGCACGACACGGAUCUCGCAUUGACGUGCGAGCGGAAACGGCGGGGAAAGUGACUAGCGGAACAGCGGCGGACAGCGAAACUGGCGGAGCGCGCAAGCCGCAGCCGGAGUGGCGGGGGGAGGGAAAGGAGGAUGCGGAAGGGAGAAGGGUGGCGGGAGCGGAACGAAUGGCUGAAGAGGCAAACCGAGGAGAAGGGGACGGUGAGAGACGGGAGGGGAAAACAGGGGCGGAGGAGAGGGGAAAAGAGGGAGCGGAUGACUGGUCAGGGGAUGCGGGGAAUAGCUGGGGAACGAGGGCACGGGGACGAGGGGGAGUGAAUAGGAGUAGUGGGUUGUGGGUUCGGGACUGGUGGGCGGAGGAAUGGGGCGACGACAUUGGGUUUGGUGACGAAUCGGAGCGGGAGGAGUGGGAGGGAGAGGGUUGGGAUAGAGGAGAGGGUGAAAGUCGGGGAGAAUUCGAGAGUGAUGGAGUGGGAGAGAGUGGGAAUGAAGGGCAGAAGGAUGUGAGAGGAGGAGGUGGGAGGAGCAGCAGUGGGGGAAGGAGGCGAGAGCUGGUGGAAGGGUGGGUGGAGGGACCUGACGAGUCAGCAAAUCUGGCGUUUAGCUGGGUGAACGAGGCGGGGCGGCAGGAGGAUCUGAUCUCACCAGCUGCCAAGCGGUACCAGUGGGUGUGGCCGAUGCGGCAGCAAGGCAGCUCGUGGCGAAUGCCCUUCGCCCGCCCCACUUCGGUUGACAUUGCAAACACCCGUUCGUGCGCCAAGCUGCUUCCGCCCUCCGCCUACUCCGGCCUCUCCACCACCAUCACGGGUAGAAACGCCUCGGAAGAUCAGCUGCGGGCGCUGCUCGCAACAGCAGGAGCAGCGGCAGCAGCAGCAGGAGGCGGCGGUAACGCGAGUGCGUUGGGGGUGGCAGGAGAGCGGUGGCUGGUGUUUGUGCCGAGGCACGGCCUCGGCAACUCCCUGCGCGGCUUCUCCUCUGCUCUGCUCUUCGCCUUGCUCUCUGGCCGCCGCUUCCUGCGCUGGCACGGCGGCCCGCACGGCCGGGUUCUCACUCGUCUCUGCGACGCCUUUGAAUGCGCAACAGACCAGCUCGUCACCACCUCGCUCGCGCUCCCUCUGCCUCUCCUCGAGCCCCACGACCUCGUCCUGCACGGCCUCUCCGACCCCUCCCCCGUGCUCUCCGUCUUCACGGGCUCCUUCUUCGACAAGUUCUGGCGCGGGGACAAGCGCGUGUAUCGCUGCGUGCUCGCGGCCUUCCGCUGCGCCACCAUCUGGUGCGUGCACGCGCAGACACUCGCGCUGCUGCUCCUCAACGGCCCGUCUGUUCGCCUGGAGAGGGAACUGGAUAAGGGCCUCUGGUCGAUCCGCCCGCUCCCGCUCGUGCAGCAGCAGCCUGAGGAAGGGGAUGGAGUGGGAUUGGGAGUGGGAGGAGGGAGGGUGGGGAUGGGGGGGGAGGAGGAGGAGCAUUGGGAGAUGGAGAAGGUGCCGCCAGGGCAGGCGGUGCGGAUGCAGUUUGACAUGGCCUUGCACGUGCGAGGGCGGCCCAGCACCCCUCUCCCCCUCCUCACCAUUUUCAUAGCCACUGACACAGACGAAGUCCGGCCAGCCAUAGUCAAAUUCCUGCGCCCGUUCGGGCGAGUCUUCUUCUCCAACGCUCCUGCCAUCCACCUGUCCAAGUCGCAGUCCCAGGGGAGCCAUCUGGGCACGCUGGGGGACUUUCUGAUGCUGAGCAAGGCAGCGGUGGUGGUGAGCUUCACGCGCUACAUUAGCACCUUUGCCAUGUUUGCCGCUAUGCUGGGGAACGGCACGCUGGUGGCGCAGCCUGAGUCGGAGAGCAACUGCCGGUUUGUCGUCGAGCACUUGGCGGAGAUGCCCCCUUGA